AUGAUCAUUGUAAAUGAUUACACAAAGAAAAGCUCUAUAUCCAAGGUUGAGGUUUACUCACUCGCCACUGAUCAGUGGAAAAUUGUUACUGCUUUGCCUCCAUUUACUUUAUGUGAUUCUGACGAAUCUGAUCCACUGGCUUUUGUCAAUGGGGCUGUGCAUUGUGUUGCCAGGAAAAAGACUAAGAAGGAAUCUAUUAAUUUUGUUUUGGUGUUUGAUUUGGGAGACAAUGUCUUCAGCGAGAUAGCAAUGCCAAAACUUUGGGAUAAGCCCCGUGUAGGUGAGACCUUGGCGUGCCUAUCUAUUUCAGUGUAUAGGAAUUGCCUUGCAUUGAUUCAAGAGGAGCAUUCUAUUCAUAGUCUCAAUUUAUGGGUGAUGAAAGAGUAUGCAGUUGUAUCCUCAUGGACCAAAGUUUUAACUUUUGAUAAUCAAGGAGACUACAUACCAAGGGCAAUAGGUUUUAAGAAGAGUGGUGAGGUUUUAUUGGCAAUGAAAACAGGACAAUUCAUCUCAGAAUACUUUGAUACCCAAAAGGUUAAAAUACUUCAGAUCAGUGGAAACCACACAAUUGUUGAUUCUUACGUUGAGAGUCUAGUUUUGCUUGACAAACCCAAUCGUGCUGUUACUUACUAA